UUGCAGGUUUUACGACGACCAGGACAAGCAUCUAUUACAGCGACGUAUGGCGUGAUUGCAGUUGGAGGAGGAACAACUCUUAGGUGUACGGCAGUCGAUGUUGGAAGUCCAGAAGCGGAGUAUCGCUGGUUGACGCCAUCAGCUAUUGGCACGUCUAGUGAACAGAUUAGUCCUAUUUACACACUGGAACAUGCUACACUGGCAGACAACGGGGAAUAUCGAUGUAUUCCUUUCAACCGAAUUGGUGACGGAGUGGAAAGUGUAUUCACUUUGCAGGUGAUAGAGCCACCAAAAAUUACUCGUCCAUUGCCAGAAUUCCGCGUGCUCGACAGCGAUGAAUCGUCCGUAACUUUGUCGUGUGAAGCUCAAGGUUAUCCUGUACCACAGAUUCAGUGGUAUAAGAAUGGUAAAGCUAUCAGUGGAGGUGAUAGUUCUCAUCUUCGAAUUACUUCAGAACAUCGUCCCAGCAAUUGCCCACCAGGAGAUUUUUGUUCCGUCAAGUCAGUUUCGUUUCUGAAAUUUGCUGAGCCGCUAACAUGGACUGACAAAGGCAAUUAUUCGUGUAUUGCCGGCAAUGGUUUAGAAAAAUUUGCAACAAGUUCAACAACACUGAGCGUUGUUCAUGCGCCUGUCGUUCUUAAUGAGCGAUAUCCAAAUGAUGCCUUAGCAGCAGCUGAUCCUGGAUCUACUGCACGCAUCGUUUGCCAUAUUUCGGCAAGACCUGAGCCGAAAUUUAUUUGGCUGCGAAAUGGAAGUGAACUGAGUAAUGGAGGAUCCCGAUAUCGUAUACGCAGUACUCGUUUGGAUGGUAAAAUAGAUGAAUUUCAAUCGAUUUUGGAAGUAGCAGAUUCCAUGGUACAUGAUUAUGGACCGUACAUCUGCCGUUCCAGCAACGGUAAUGAACAGAAAACCGAUUUGGUAAUCAAAUUGCAAACAAAAAGUAAGUUGGCCAGAUGACG